AUAAUUCCCACUUUAUAAUUAAUGGUUCUUCGUUUUGGUGCGUCUCAUCGAAUCGAAUCGAAGCCCUCGCCCGCAUGAACCAACCAUUAAUCAAACCCCUUUCCCUUCUCUUCUUCUGCAUCCAUUAAUCGAGCUCGAUUCUGGCACGAAAUUAGGGUUAGGUCAUGUUUCUUUGAGUUCUUUUGGGGAAGUGCCCCCAUUUACUAUAUUCCCCUUUCUUUUCAAUUUUCCCUUUUAAAAAAAUAAAAAUAAAAUUCGUUGCCCUUUUAUCAUCGCUUUGCUGGCGAUUUGGCAUUUGGCAUCCACCUUUCGUGGUUGGAUUCUUGUAUAUUCUUCUGUUGCUGCUUCUUCUUCUUCCCCAAUCUCUCUCUCUAGGCCAGAACAGACCAGACCAGAUUCGUCACUUUGCAAAUCGUAUGUGCUGUUUCGAUGGAUAGGUCAGAUACAUCUGGUUUCGUUAGCGGCGGAGGACGAGUCUACGAUUAUCUUGCUUUCCAAAUUCUAAGCUACGGAUGUUUCCAGUAGUAACCGGUAUCAAUCUUUCGCCGGUGUCUCCAUCAUCUCUUCGAAACAACGAACACGAGCAUUUGACAGUAAGGUUUGAGACUGAAUGUAUUCCUCUUUCUGCGUCGACUUCAUUAACAACGGCAAUGGUGGAGAUACUAAUCUUCAAUUGGAUGGCAUCGGAUACGGAUCUCGCGAGCCAGCGACUUUCGGCAUCGACGGCAGUCGAGGUGCGUGUCAACGAGCCGCAGACGACGGGUGUAAAUUAGUGCUCGGAUUGGGUCCGACGCCGAGCACAUAUACAGACGAGCGUUCCCGUUCCACCAGCAGCAAAUCAAAAGGGCACACGUCUUCACUGUUCAGCCAGCAUGACUCGAUUUUGAAACUCGGGCUGUCGGGGAUCACCGAUGCCGUUUCUGUGCAGAGUCUUUUCGGACCGUCUGAUCAUCUCGAUCAAGCAUCCUCGGGUGGCGAUCGCAUUUCCGGAACCAUUCCCGUCGUCGACGAGGGUUCCACGUCGGCUAAAACGUUCGGUGGCUACAUGAGGAGUCUUAUCAUGGCGCCGAGAAUAGAGAAUGCCGAGAUGCUGCUGGGCGAGAGUAGUUUUGUACAACCCGGUCCCGAAUCGAGCUCCGAACCUUCCGCCGUGUCUAAUUUCUCCGUUGUGUCCCAUCCCGGAAGCUCUGCUGAUCAUAAAGGCGGCCCGACUAAACGAUGCAAGUUUUCCGGAUGUACGAAGGGAGCUCGUGGGGCAACGUCUCUGUGCAUUGGCCACGGCGGAGGGCAGAGGUGUCAGAAACCCGGCUGCAACAAGGGUUCGGAGAGUCGAACCGCCUACUGCAAAGCACAUGGAGGAGGGAAACGGUGUCAGCAUCUCGGGUGUACGAAAAGUGCGGAGGGAAAGACGGAUCUUUGCAUAGCGCACGGCGGGGGAAGGCGUUGCGGGCAUCCCGAAGGGUGUCCGAAAGCGGCGCGGGGCAAGUCUGGCCUCUGCAUCAAGCACGGCGGGGGGAAGAGGUGCAAGAUCGACGGAUGCACGCGGAGCGCAGAGGGGCAAAUCGGUCUUUGCAUCUCGCACGGCGGCGGCCGGCGCUGUCGCUUCCAAGGCUGCACGAAAGGAGCGCAGGGAAGCACGAUGUUCUGCAAGGGGCACGGCGGGGGGAAACGAUGCAUAUUUGCGGGGUGCACGAAAGGCGCGGAAGGGAGUACGCCGCUCUGCAAGGGGCACGGCGGAGGAAAACGCUGCAUGUUCGACGGGGGCGGGAUAUGUCCGAAGAGUGUGCACGGCGGGACGAAUUUCUGCGUCGCGCAUGGCGGGGGGAAGCGGUGUUCGAUCCCUGGGUGUACCAAGAGUGCUCGGGGCAGGACGGAUUGUUGCGUGAAGCACGGAGGGGGUAAACGGUGCAGAAUCGAUAACUGCGGGAAGAGUGCUCAAGGCAGCACGGAUUUCUGCAAGGCGCACGGCGGCGGGAAACGGUGCAGCUGGGGAGACGGGAAGUGCGAAAAGUUUGCUCGAGGAAAGAGCGGGAUGUGUGCUGCGCACGGGAACUUGAUUCAGAAACAGGAGGUGAGGAAGACUGGUAUGAUCGGGCCGGGGCUGUUCUGUGGAUUGGUGCAUACGGCGAGGAACAGCUUCGACAACUCGUCGUCGAUGUCUGAUUUGAUCAAUCCGAUCCACAAGCCUGCGAAGCGGCAACAGCUCAUCCCUCCUCAGGUGUUGGUUCCUCUGUCGAUGAAGGCGGCGUCAUUCUCUCAAUCGGCGCCGGAGAAGAGCAGCGGGGCGAAUCUGGAGUUUGACCUUGCGCCGGAGGGGAGAGUCCAUGGCGGUGGGCUCUUGUCGUUCUUUGGGGGGAGCUUGAACAAUGCGAUGGAUGGGAUUUUGGAUAAGUAAGAUGUGGUCACAACUACUAGUUGUGGAAUGUGAGUUUUUAUCUCAUUUUCUUGAUAUUUUUGAAACUUGUAUAUAUACUCUUUGUAACAUUGGGUGGGAUCAAUGGUGUUGUUGUAAUUGUCUGUGUGAAUUGCUCAAUAAGAAGAUGUAUUUGUUGUUGUUGUGGUGA